UGGAACUGGGCCCCCUGCGACUAUGACGGCUCUGUACAUGCGUGUUGAGCUGGCUGCCUGAUAGAGCGUCUCAAAACUCCCGGAAAAUUAAAUCGUACGGACGGUUUUACCAGAGCCUAAAAAGACGAUUUUCGUUUUGGAGCUGAAUCGGCCAUGAGUGAGCCUUUUGACUGUGGGAACUGCAAGGAGUCCCUGUACGGACGCAAAUACAUCCAGCUGGAGGACGUUCCUCACUGCAUCCCCUGCUAUGAUCGCCUGUAUGCUAACACCUGCCAGGAGUGCAAGCAACUCAUCGGACACAAUGCCAGGGAGCUGUUCUACGAGGACAGACACUACCAUGAACACUGUUUCCGGUGUUUCCGCUGUGAACGCUCGCUAGCAGACGAACCCUUCACCAGCCAGGAUGAGGCGCUGGUCUGUAACGACUGCUACUGCAACGAGUUCUCCUCUAAAUGCGUGGCCUGCGACAAGACCGUCAUGCCAGGCUCCAGGAAGCUGGAGUACAGCGGCUCCACCUGGCACGAGGACUGUUUCCUGUGUCACGGCUGUGAGAAGCCCAUCGGCGCCCAGGCCUUCAUCCCAGACAAGGACUUCUACUACUGCGUCCCCUGCUACGAGGGCAGGUUUGCCCCGCGAUGCACACACUGCAAGAAGACGCUGGCUCAGGGAGGGGUGACCUACAAGGACGAGACGUGGCACAAGGAGUGUUUCCUGUGUACGGGCUGCAAGACCCCUCUGGCGGGACAGCCCUUCACCUCCCAGGGAGACAGCCCCUACUGCGUCAAGUGCUUCAGCAACCUGUACGCACAGAAGUGUGCCGUCUGCAACACCGCCAUCACAGGGUUCGGGGAAGGGAAGUACGUGUCGUUCCAGGAGCGUCAGUGGCACCAGCCCUGCUUCAAGUGUUCUCGCUGCUCUGUGUCGCUGGUGGGCGCCGGUUUCUUCCCAGACCGAGAUCUCAUUCUCUGUAAAGACUGCAACAGCGACGAAUGAGCUUCGCCCUUCACCUCCCGGAGCCACGGCUGACCAAUCAGAUGCAGUGUUUCAUUACCAGACCUAAACAGCCUCUUAACCUUUAACCUUUAACCCCACGUGUACGCUACCGAUGACCCUCGAGUACCCUAGAGUAUACAAUCACAGUGGAAUAUUUUUGUAUUGCAUGCAUGUCUUUGUUGUUGACUGUGUUUCAAACAAAGCUUAUUGAAAUGUAUGUACAGUCUAAAUGCAGAGAACAGCAGAUGUCUUAUAGCCAUUACAUGUAUCAUUUCAUCAUAUAUUUAAAAUGUUUAUCUUGUGUUCUUGCAAAAAAAAUCUUGCUUGACUUAUAGGAAUCAAGCGGUCACAUGUUAUUAGUAAAGCUCUCUUUUUACAAGCUAAUGCCCAGAGAUACAUGUGGAAAACUCAGAGAGAAGUGUACCCGAGAGAAGUGUACCCGAGAGAAGAGUACCCGAGAGAAGAGUACCCGAGAGAAGAGUACCCGAGAGAAGAGUACCCGAGAGAAGAGUACCCGAGAGAAGAGUACCCGAGAGAAGAGUACCCGAGAGAAGAGUACCCGAGAGAAGA